UCUCCCAAUAGAUAAUUAGGAAGUCAGAAGAAAGAAAAAGACAAAACAAGGCGAAGGUUUGGUUACCACUCAAAAUACGAACAGCUGUUUAUCUUCCACCAAAGCACUUCGUGCAUCAUCCUCUUCCCCUGUCUGAUUCUUCGCCGUGCGAAAAAAAAAGUGAAGACAAUAGAAGCUCAGCUAGCUAUGGCGUUUCUUCUCCCGAAUCUCUCUCCUUCAUUCCUUCUUCAAACUGGAAAAUCCAUCAAAGAGAAACCCAUUUCCACCCAUUCUCUAUCCAUCUCAUCAUCUUCUUCUUCUUCUUCCAGUAGCUACAAUUUCGAAGAAGAUAGCCUCUCUCUGCUAACUCUUCCCGUCCAGGCUCCUCCUGCUCCAGGUGCGCAGGUUAAGACCAUGCCGAGUGGACAGGAUAAGCACCAGCAGCAUGGCAAAGAUGAGUUCUACAUCAAUCUCGGUCUAGCGAUACGUACCCUUCGUGAAGAUUUGCCUUUGCUCUUCACCAAAGAUCUCAAUUACGACAUUUACAGGGAUGAUAUAACAUUGGUGGAUCCAGUGAACACUUUCUCUGGGAUUGAGAACUACAAACUCAUCUUCUGGGCACUCAGGUUUCAUGGCAAGAUUCUCUUCAGAGACAUCUCUCUUGAGAUCUUCAGGGUUUGGCAACCAUCAGAGAACAUGAUCCUCAUCAGGUGGAAUCUCAAAGGUGUGCCUAGAGUUCCAUGGGAGGCCAAAGGAGAGUUUCAGGGAACUUCUCGCUAUAAACUAGACCGCAAUGGCAAAAUCUAUGAGCAUAAAGUUGAUAACUUGGCUUUCAACUUCCCUCACCAGCUCAAACCUGCCACUUCUGUGUUGGAUUUGGUCACUGCUUGCCCCGCCAGUCCCAAUCCGACUUUCAUGUUUGGCUCUUCAUACUCGUCUUCUUGGAUUGAGUUCUAUCAAGCUGUGAGAAGAACACUAGACAAGCAGCAAGAGCAAAUUCUUGUGCAAGACCGUUUUGUUAUAUGUUCAUAGAACCAUUGAAUGGGUCACUCUCAGCUGUGUAUAUACUGUUGCAUCGAAGAUAAUAUACAUAUAAUGUGCAGGCAUAUGUAGAUGUGGUUGACUUAUGGAAGCAAACCUGUUUAACCCAUGAGCUUGUACAUUUUGCCUAUCGAAUGUAAACAGACUUCAUUAUAGUUAUCAUAUGUUUGAACA